AAGGGGCGCCGGGUGGGUACACGUGCGAGGUGGCGCUGCUGGUGAGCCUAUGGCGAGUUCCGCGGGGCUGGCAUUGUGCGGGCAGACAUUGGUGGUGCGGGGUGGUAGCCGAUUCCUGGCCACUUCCACUGCGAGCAGUGAUGAUAACAGCUUCUUUAUCUACGACUGCAAUAAUGAAGAGAAGACGUCACAAGAAGAUAAAGGGGAGGAUGGGCCGCCCUUCGCCCCCGAGAGCGGUGCAAUUCUGGCAUCCACCUUCUCCAAGUCUGGCAGCUAUUUUGCUUUAACUGAUGACAGUAAGCGUCUGAUUCUUUUCCGUACAAAACCAUGGCAAUGUCUGAGUGUCAGGACUGUGGUGAGGAGGUGUACGGCUCUGACCUUCACCGCCUCCGAGGAGAAAGUCUUGGUGGCCGACAAGUCUGGAGACGUCUACUCCUUUUCAGUGUUGGAGCCACGUGGAGAUGGCCAUCUUGAACUUGGACACCUGUCUAUGCUGUUAGAUGUGGCUGUGAGUCCUGAUGACAGCUUUGUCCUCACUGCCGACCGGGACGAGAAGAUCCGGGUGAGCUGGGCGGCUGCACCACACAGCAUUGAGUCUUUCUGCCUCGGACACACGGAGUUUGUGAGCCGCAUCUUUGUGUUACCCGGUUAUCCUGAGCUGCUCCUGUCCUCCUCCGGGGAUGGCACUCUGAGGCUCUGGGAGUACAAAACCGGCCACCAGCUGUGUUGCUGUCACCUGGCCAGACUGCAGGAGCCGGCGGAGCCUCAGGACCACAAGAGGUUUGCUGCGUCCAGGAUUGCCUUCUGGUGCCGGGAAGGCUGCGUUGCGCUUCUGUGUGACAGCGUCCCUGUGGUCUACUUCUUCCAGCUUGAUGCCCUCAGACAGCAGUUGGUGUACACACAGCAACUGUCCUUCCAGCACCGGGUGUGGGAUGUGGCUUUUGAGGAGACGCAAGGCCUGUGGGUUCUGCAAGACAGUCGGGAAGCCCCACUUGUGCUCUGCAGGCCUGUGGACGGCCAGUGGCAGUCGGUUCCCGAAAGUGCCGUGCUGAAGAAAGUCUCUGAUGUUCUCCGUGAGGACUGGGCCAUGCUGGAAGGCUGUGCCAGAGCAGGGGCCAGCUUCAGCAGUCUCUACAAGGCCACCUUUGACAACAUGGCCUCCUACCUGCAGAAGAAAGAGGAGCGACAGCAGCAGCAGCGGGAGAAGCGGCGGCAGAGCCCCCUGCCAGGGCCCAGUGGGCAGGCCAAGAGGGCAAGGCCGGGGCGGGCAGCCUGGACUUGCUGAGUUUCACGCUUGGUGGUGGUGCUCCCAACCUUGGCACAGCCAGGGCAGUUUUCACUUGUUUCCCCUCACCCUGGCAUCUCCAUUCAAGAAGAAAAAGCUGGGCUCGGCGCCCGUGGCACAGUGGAUAUGGCACCAGCCACAUGCACUGAGCUGGCCCAGUCCAGGCCGGCUAAGCAACAGUGACAACUGCAACAGAAAAAUAGCUGAGCGUUGUGGCGGGCACCUGUAGUCCCAGCUACUUGGGAGGCUGAGGCAAGAGAAUUGCUUAAGCCCAAGAGUUGGAGGUUGCUGUGAGCUGUGACUCUACAGCACUCUACCCAGGGCAACAUAGUGAGACUCAAACAAAAAGAAAAAGAAAGAAAAAGUUGGUGGUUGGUGGUAGUUCAAUUCUGACCAGCAGAAUCGGGGGACUGGGUGGUCCCUUGAGCUCUAGAACAUUCUGUCUUGCUGGGCACAGGCUCCUGUUUGUGUCUGUGCCCCUUUGGUGCGAGUGAGCUGCACAGGAUGUGCCGGAAGUGCCUUGGAGCCCUUGAUCUUCUUUUUUUUUGUAGUUUUUGGCCAGGGCUGGGUUUGAACCUGCCACCUCUGGCAUAUGGGGCCGGCGUCUUACCCCUCUGAGCCACAGGCGCCGCCCUUGAUCUUCAUAGUGGAGGCCAUGUGGAACCUG